AUGGCAAAUAAAAACACAGCAAUAAAGAAAGCCCAACAAGCACAAGCACAAGCACAAUCCAAAAGCAAAUCAAAAACCUCAACAACAGAUCCAACCACGUCUGAAAAAUCAACUAUUAAAUCACCAAUUACAACAACAAAACCAAUAAUAUCAACAUUUAAAGAAUUACAAACAGCAUUAAAAACAACAUACAACAAUUAUUUUGAAAAUUUAACCCCUAAAUUAAAAUUAAUUGAUUUAUUCUUAUUAUUUUUAGUAAUUUUAGGUAUAUUACAAUUUAUUUAUGUAUUGUUGGUUGGAAAUUUUCCAUUUAAUGCAUUUUUAGGAGGAUUUUCUAUAUGUGUUGGACAAUUUGUAUUAUUAGUUAGUUUAAGAUUACAAAUUAAUGACACUGUUGAAGAAGAUGGAACAGAAGAGGAAGAGGAGGUGGUUGUUGAUUUAUCUAAUAAAGAUAUUAAUAUAAUUGAUAUUGAAGAAGAUGAAACAAAGACCAGUAAAAGAAUAUUUAAAAAUAUUUCACCUGAAAGAUCUUUUGGAGAUUUUAUAUUUGCAAGUUUAAUAUUACAUUUUAUUGUUAUUCAUUUUAUAAAUUAG